CCAGUCUGGUCGAUCGACUCAUCGUAUCACCGUCUGGUCGCAAUUUCAUACGGAUUGUAUAGAUUGCAAUGCACGUUAAUAAUUUUUCAGUUUAUUCGCGUUCAAAUUAAUACAAUUUUAAAUAUGAGAGUUAAAUUGAACGUUUUUCCAUGUUCAUCAAGAACAAUACAGUGGCUUGUGUUCUUUUGCUGUACAACUGUCACGAGCUCGCUUAGACUUGCUGCAUAUAUAUCUUCUGGCGGUCUUCACGGAGAAAUUCGAUUUGAAAAAGCUACAGAAUCUUCGAUACGAUUACGAUAUUCUUUGAAGCCAACCUUGCAAUAUCCAGAUCAACAAUGGUUGUGGUCAGUCUCUCAGUUUCCAGUCGAUUAUACAAUCAUCGAUGGCAGAUGCGACGAACAACAUAUUGGACAAAGUAUCAUUGAUUUGACGGAAAGAGUCGGGCCACUUGAAUUGCCAACAAAUCAAACAGGUUCGAUAGAAGUCGCGGGUUUAUCUUUAACUGGAGAAAUGGGCUUGUGGGGAAGGAGUUUGGUAUUAAAAGAUAACUAUUCAUCAAGAACGAUAUGUGCUUCUAUUACGGUUUUUGAAAAAAAUCUUGAGAAAUUUGCUCAAGCCCGUUUUUACGGUCCUAUUGCUGGAACAGUAAUAUUUCGAUGGUUAGGAACCGAUUACACGGAUACGAUUAUCUACACGAAUUUACAUCACGUUCACAAACAGAAACUACAAUCGCUAAAUUACACUGAACAUCGUUGGAAAAUAUAUGUUACUGAUAUUUUAAAAACUGGCAAAGAUAAAAACGACUGUAAUAUUCUCCAAAACGUAUUCGAUCCUAAUAAUUCUGACGCUGGAAAAUCUAUUGGAGAUAUCGAUGUACGUUUAGGCAAGGUAAAAGUUGCUGUUACACAAGAAAAGUAUAAAACUUUCUACAAAGAUUCAGAACUGUCUUUAAUGCCGGCGGAUCUGCUUGGUCCACAUCGUCACUUAUACUUAGUCAUCUUUCAUCCUGUGCAUGAAGAUUCGUUUUUAGCUUGUGCAAAAAUCAAUCAUCGUAAACCAAUAUACACCAAGGUCAUAAUUAAUUUACGUGGCAUAAAAGGUCAAGUUACGGCAAUCCAAGAAACGCCAUUCAAUCCAACGUGGGUUAACAUCUCAUUAACAACAAUAAAAGAUUUGGAAGUUAGACUACGAUACGCCACCAAAGUAGCAUCUUACAGGAUUCACGAGUUACCACCAAAACAUGUAAAAAAUGACGAAGUUACUGUUAAUCCAUGUUUAACUACUAAAAAGUUGUUCAAUCCCUUGAACAUUGACGAAAAAACAAUUCCACCACCAGGUCUUGGUACUCAGGACCAGUAUGCUGUUGGCGAUUUAUCUGGAAAACUUCAAGACCGAAAAGAAGGAUCGUAUCACAAUAAUAUUCUACCCGGGAGUGCUACGCUGAAUGGAAUUUAUUGGGAUACAUAUUUGCCACUUUCUGGAAUCCACAGUAUUGUCCACAGAUCUUUAAUUCUUUACAAAUACAAUGAGACUGAUAACACAGGCAUGAUUCCGUGGGUUUGUGGCACGUUCAUCCUUUAUAUACCGCAUACCGAUUGGCAAAUGCCGAUGUACACGGCAAAAGUGAUAUUCAGAUAUCCUAUUGUUGGUGAGAUACUUUUUCGACAGCCUAGAGAUGAACCCGAAAUGGACACUAUUAUAAUAAUAGAGCAUCUUGUGCAUGCAGACGGCAAUGCAAUAAAUAAUACUGUGGAUCAUAAAUGGAUGAUACAUGAAAAUUCACCGGGAAAAGACUUUUAUAACUGGACAAAUCGAUGUUUGAGCACCGGAUCAGCUUACAAUCCAUAUAAGAUAGAUUGGAAAUUGAAUAGCUUUUGUUUUGCUGCAGAAGCUUCGUUAUGUCGCUUGGGUGAUUUAACGAGGCAUGGGACACUCGAAAUUGCUGGCAGAAAAGUCAACGCUUCGGCAUACACACGAAAACUUUUUACGGACUCAAUGUUAUCUUUAUCAGGACCUCACGCAUUGUUUGGCAAAAGCUUAGUUAUUUAUGAUGAUCACGGUCCAAUCGCAAGAGGAGAUCGGCUGGCUUGUUCCAUAAUUGGUGGCGUUUAUCGACGUAAAGCAGUAGCCAGAGAUUGGUUCGGUAAUGGCGAACAAAUAUCUUUAAGAGGAAAAUUGGAGUUCCUGCAACAGACCGAAUACGAUGUUACCAACGUGGAAAUAUCUCUCGAAGGACUUGAUGGAAAAAUGAGCAGAUAUCACAUACAUAUGGCACCUGUAGAAUAUGGUUUAGAAUUUCCAUGCGAGAAAUCAUCGAUUUAUGGACACUGGAAUCCAUUAAGUGUUAAUACAAGCAAUAUACCAAUUGCGGAAGAAGGUACGCUGGAUCAAUACGAGAUGGGUGAUUUGAGUGGAAAAUUCGGUACUUUGGAUAAUAAAAAGAGAUACAUAAUGUUGUACAACGACACAAUGCUGUCACUAUUUGGUCCCAGAAGCAUACUAGGACGUAGUGUAGUAAUUCAUAAGAAAGAAAAGAAUUUAAGAUGGGCAUGCUCUACUGUAGAAAGAGGAUAUUCUCCAACCGAUGCCAGUGAGUUACGUGCUGUAGCAUCAUUUCACCAUCCACAAGGCUUCGUGUAUGGUUAUAUAAAAAUGACGCAGCUUGUUUAUAAAGAUGGUAGCCAAAGUGAGACAGUAAUUGAAGUAAAUUUAAGACAUCCUGGAAAACAUGACCGCAAUAUUACCAGAAAUCAUAAUUGGGCGAUAUACGUGAACCCUGUGGGUGUGGAUGCCGCAGUAAAAGUGAAAGAUACUCGAUGCGUGGCAGCAGGAUACAUGUGGAAUCCCUAUUUUACACAACUAGCUGAUCCGUUAAACAAUGAUCUUUAUAAAGAAGAAUGCGGACCAGAUUUACCACUUAGAUGUUACGUUGGCGACAUAUCUUCUCGUUUAGGACCUAUUAAUAUAGGAGAAAAGCGACAAAUAUUUACAGAUUCCAAUUUUCCUCUUGGUGGAUCGAUAUCUGCAAUAGGCAAAUCUAUUAUUAUUUUCGAUAAGGAUUUUGGCAGCAACAGAUUUGCCUGUACAAAUAUUGAGCCUGAUAAUGAUAUCGUAAAAUAUGUAAAUAUUAGAAAACCACCGCGAUUUGUGGUAGCGCAAUUUUUAGAGGAAGUAAGAAAAGUGAUGGGUAUUCCUGAGUGGAUGUUAUCCAUUGAUAGCAGAAAGACAAAGACAUUACAUAAUGGCGCAUGCAUACAAUUUCUUUUGCACUUCAAAGGUCCCAUUGCCAAUAAAUUAGAACAAGACUUUAGUAGACUUAUGUCCAAUGGCAAACUUGAAGCUCCCAGUUUAUACAUACCCGGAUACAUACCAACAAAAAGAAAAAGUACAUUAGGAUAUCGACAAUGCGGCGUACGGGAUCUGGACGACAAAAACUUCAACAUCCACCGUAGCGCAUCUAUCUCAUUGAUAUCAGAUAUAUUCCUAGCAUUUCUAGUAAUAGUAAAUAAAAUAAUAUAACUUUUUAUAUUAAGUCAAAUAUAUAUAAUCAUUGUAUGUAUAAUAUAUUUGUAUUGUGUGUGUGUGUGUGUGUGUAUGGUAUAUAGAAUGUAAAAAAUUAAUGCUGGAGUAAAAAGAUUACCAAUCACGGCUUUA